AUGAAGCCCGCAGGAGAGACCAACAAGGCUGGGAAGCGCAAAGGGACCAGGAGUGUAUCUACACUUACUCCUACGCAGCUCGCUCGGAAGCGUGCCAACGACAGAGAAGCUCAAAGAGCAAUUCGUGCUAGGACGAAAGAACAUAUUGAAAGCCUUGAGAGAGAAAUAGAAGAACUCCGCAGCCAUCAAGAUCGAGACAAAACUAUUCAAACCCUCCUCCGGAGAAAUAAAACCCUGGAAAAUGAACUUCGUCAUCUUAGAGAAAGCAUGGGUAUUCGUGCUGCUAACACAAGCGAACCAUACCACCCUGUAUUCCACAGUUCUAGCCCUUCGGAACCCCAUUCCUUCGGGCAGUCUGGACCCAGCUUCCCCAUGAUGCAGAACAUCUCUUCUUACAACAACAUGCCCGAUGCUGCAGAAGGUUGGCCAUCGACUAGGCCAUGUUCCCUUCCAUCUACAGUCUCUAGCCCUGUUUCCUCCGUUGGUACAGACGAUUUUGGAGGUAAUUACAUUCCUAGUGGUGCUCCCACCACAGUCUUUGAGCGGUCUAGUCUACCCCCAAAUGUACACUCUCCUACCAUCUCUUGCGUCAAUGGCGAGGCCACCUUUGACGACACGAAGCCAGGAUUUGGAUGCGACCCGAUCAACGUCAUGCCUGUCAAUCCAACUUAUCAUUUGCAACCGUGGAGUAUGUACCCAAUGCCGCAAUACCAGCCCCAACAGGCUACACUCGGGCACAACUCGCAUAUACCCCAGAUUGGGAGAUGCACGUUCUAA